AUGCAGAAAGUGCCCGACGCCGUCCGGGACGAGGACGCGGGCUCCGGCCUGCUAGCAAUGAGCGCGUUGUGCUGGGUGGUGAGGAGGAUGGAUCUCCUGACCAGCGCCCUCCGUUGCAGUGUGACCAGCAUGGACAAGGUCAACGUUUCGGGGUUGAAGGGGCUGCUGAAUGGGAUGAUAACAUUCGUCAAGGAGCACGUCGCUCUCAAACGGUCGGGCCAUGUCGGAGUUGCUGCCGACGCUUGUGACGACGACGACAAGGAGGCCCCUUCGGCAUCCCAAGCAGUAGGUGUCGCCCACACCGUCGAUGAUGCGCGUGGGACUUUGAUCGGAGAGCCUGGAGGUGGCAUCAACAAGGAAGAUGAGGAGGCAGGAAGGGCGGUGACUGGGACCGCAGAGAAGCACCAGGACGAGGACGUCCAUCAGGAUGAUAACGAGGAUCAGGAAGAGGACCAUGACAAUCGUGAGGAGGAGGAGGAGGAGGAGGAGGAGGAGGAGGAGGAGGAGGAGGAGGAGGAGGAGGAGGAGGAGGGGGGCUCGGCGGAAGAGGAGGAGGACGAGGAGGAGAUGGAGGUGGAGGAGGAGGAGGAGGAGGAGGAGGAGGAGGAGGAGGAGGAGGAGGAGGAGGAGGAGGAGGAGGAGGAGGAGGAGGAGGAAGAAGAAGGCGGUGCGCGGUCAUCCCGGUUCCUCCGCAUCUGGUCGGCAGGCACCGUUGGACGUCGUCGAGCAGCUGCGACAGGAGAACAGGCGGUUGACGGCAGAAAAUGCCCGGAGAAGGCGCACGGAGAGGAAAGGGGUCGGGUGGACAGGUUUGCAUUGGGGAUACGUGGAAUCCUCGACAAGCUCCAGUCGUUGGCCGACAAGGUCUCCGUCUCCGACCAUAAUGCGCCGAAACGGCUGCUAGAUGCAACGUCGGCCGUGUUGACAACCAUCGCGGACAACAUCACCAGCUACAUGGACAAAUCGUGGAAGGCGAUGAAGUCCUUCGCGGAACAGGCGUCGACGUGGUUGGCGGAAAUCGACGGUCCAGAGGGAAGUAUGGUAGUUGAACGCGCAAAAGCGGUCACCGCCUUGGCCAACCACGUGGAAGUGGUGGUGGACGAUGCGAAGCUGGGUUUGGAGGACUACAUCUCUAAGCACCUAGCCGCCGCGCAGACCAACAUUGCCGCCGCGGUAACUCGCACCAUCGCCGUGCCGCUGCCGCCGCCGCAGCCCACGCCAGCCUUCCCGGACGAGCUCAUGAAGUCGUUCAAGGCGGACGUGUUGAAGGUGGUGACGGAGGCCACCCACCAGUCGUUUGUUGCGUCCGGGUUAAAGCUCAUAACCGAGGUAAUCGGCAAUGUGGCGCCUGGUCGGCGUGGGUCGUCGCCGUCGGCCAAUGACGCCGACCCCGCGCAACGAAGGGAGGCCGACAAGCAGGGCCAGAAAAGGGCGGGCGGCGGAGAUGAUGCGGGGAGCAUGAAGCAGAGCAAGGGAGCCGAUGGGAGCCGCGGUGUCGGCGCGGUGGGUCCAGGCGGCUCGCGGACUCGAGGUGAGAGCGUGGUCGACCAGCUCAAGAAGAACGGGGCCAAGGUGAUAAGGUCGCACAGCAAGGGUGAUGGAAUCGGGAGUGCAGAUGGGGGCCAUGCCGACGAGGUUGCCGCGCAAGACGCUGGACCAUCAGCCUCGCCCCUGGUUGCUGAGAAGCCCCAUGGUCUGGCGAGCGGCGGGAAAGGCUUGAGCGACAAGGAGAUCCCAACCACUCAAACGGCGAUAGAUGGCGGCGCCAGAACCGUCAAGGGACCGUCUGUCAGGGUGGCGGGGACCACGUCGAUUCCCCGUAAACCCCCUGUGGCUAGCAGCACGCCGGUCAGCCCGUCAGCCGCCAACAACAAUGGGCCGGCCCUUGCCGCUACUCCAGCUCCAGCAGGCCCGUCUGCCGCCAAGGGCGACACGAAGGAUGCUGCGGCUAACUGUCAAAGUGCCCGCAGCGGCGAACGCGCUCAGGGAAAUGCUUCACCGCAUGGAGGCCCAUCGCAAGGACGUGCAGUAGCCUCCCUUGGUCGAUGCCGCCCCCCGCCGAAACAGCACGUCGCUCUGUCACUCCGCAGGUCGCCGCCACAACGCCCAGUGCCCCACCUACCGCGCCUCUGGUCGCCGCCCGUCCUCCUGCGGACCCAAAGUCCGCAUUGCUUCGCGCCCGGUUAG